UGUUUAUGUGGUCUAGUAUCAUCCUGACACAAGCGCAACGCUGGAUAGAAGAUCAGACAUCCUGAACAGGAUGCGCCUUGCUGAUGUUUCAGUAGCAACUCGAGCGUCGCGGGUGAAACACAUUGUGUGCAGACACUUUAGUACGUGUCCCACGUGGUUCCGGUGAUGCUAAAGUGAACGGCGCUAAAUGUAUGUGCAGAUGCUGUUGUUCGUCUUUGCCUUUAUUUUGGAGGCUGUAUGCGAAAGCCACGGGCCGGUCUUCUUACUGGAGCCUCCUGCUCACCUCACCUUUUCAAAUACCACAGGCUCGCAGGUGAGUUGUUCCGCACAUGGGUCCCCAACACCCCAGGUGGACUGGUUGCUACAGGAUGGCCAAACUGUCACCGCUGUGCCUGGGCUUAGACAAUCACUGGGUAAUGGAACUUUAUACUUUCCACCUUUUAGAGCCGAAGAUUAUCGAAAGGACGUCCACUCCACCGUUUACCGUUGCAGAGCAUCUAAUUUAGCUGGCACUAUCCUCAGCAGAGACGUCAAUGUAAGAGCCGUGGUGAACCAGCAUUACGAGGUGCAGGUGUACCACACUCACGUAUCAGCCGGCAAUACCGCAGUCUUAGGCUGUGUAAUUCCCGCAUUUGUUAAAGAGCACGUUAGUGUGACAUCGUGGUCAAGAGACGAGUCAAUCCUUCUGCCUGGAUCAAACCUGGGUGGUCGAAUCGUCGUUACUUAUGGAACCGGUGAACUUCAUAUACGUUCCGCAAGGGCCGAAGAUGGCCAAGCAAGAUAUUCGUGCCUGACACUUCAUAUAUUGACACAAGAACGAAAAAGAAGUGCCCCUGCCAUUUUAACGGUUACAGAACCCACUCGAACUAUGUCCCCCCGACUGGCCCCUACCGUGCAAACAGUAGUUUCAGCGGAUCGUGAGACUGAUAUUCAUUUAACAUGUUCAGCGCAGGGAAAUCCACCGCCAACAUUCAACUGGUUUCGGGAAAUCGAAGGCCACCUACAACCCGUACAUUCAUCAGCGCGCUUCGAACCCUCGCAAGACAUCCUUCACAUUAGACGUCUAAAAUCCGAAGACGCUGGCAGAUGGACGUGUAAAGUAUCUAAUAACUUCGGGGAACAAAGAUUAGAUAUCCAUCUUACCGUCACUGCGCAUUUAAGCGUCCAUGUCCUGCCGCAGCUACAGGUGAUAAACUCCGGGGAGAGCGCUAUUUUCAAUUGUACUGUUUCGGGAUCGCCCGUGGGACGCAUUCUGUGGUUCAGGAACGGAGAACCGCUACUAACCGAUGGAAAUAGAAAAGUUAAGCUAUUAAGUCCACUGGUUUUAGCUGUGUACGGGGUAACACGACAUGACAGGGGAAUGUAUCAAUGUGUUGUCAGGAAUGAUCGAGAGAGUGCUCAAGGCAGCGCCGAACUUCGGCUAGGAGACACCAUACCCGAAUUACAAUAUACAUUCAUUGAACAAGCGAUGAGACCCGGGCCGCAAGUAUCACUUCGUUGCUCCGCUUCUGGGUCUCCACCUCCACAAUUCCGGUGGCUUCUCGACGGCGAACCCCUUUCUGAUAUAUCCUCAGGACAUCGGUAUGCAAUCAGUCAGUACGUUGAUCAAAACGGGGAUGUUAUUAGCCACCUAAACAUCUCAAACGUACGAGUGGAAGAUGGUGGUCUUUACAGCUGCCGAGCUUUAAAUUCGCUAGGAUCAACAGAGCACUCAGCUCGGCUCAAUAUAUACGGUCCUCCAUUCAUACGAUCUAUUGGACCUGUAAAAGCGGUGGCUGGAGCGGAUAUAACUUUACACUGUCCAUAUUCGGGCUAUCCAAUUGGAUCAGUCCGUUGGGAACGUCACGGCCAAGAAUUGCCUCUUGAUUUGAGGCAUCGGCUGGGCGAAGAGGGAUCUCUAACGAUAUCGCGACUGGAUCCAGCCACUGAUUCGGGUUUUUACGCCUGUUUUGUCACCAGCAGGGACGGCGAGGUGGCUCGCAGGGAGAUCCAACUUAUUGUAAACAGUCCGCCGAUCUUGGAACCCUUUCGCUUCCCGGCUAGUCUCCAGGAGGGCGGUCGUGCACAGGUCACCUGCUCUGUGACUUCCGGGGACAUGCCAAUACACUUUGCCUGGUAUAAGGACGGGGAGCACAUAUCAGCCGCUCUUCAGGUGGAGGAACGUGCGGCCGAAUUCUAUAGCAUACUAAUAUUCAAAGAAAUUUCCUCCAAACACAGUGGGUCUUACACUUGCGUCGCAAGCAAUUCCGCCGCGAGAGCCAACUAUACCGCUCAGUUGAUGGUUAAAGUCACUCCUCAGUGGGUCACUGAACCCCAAGACGUUUCAGUCCUCCUUGGAAACCCAGUCCUGGUGGGUUGUUCGGCAAAGGGGUUCCCCGAGCCCCAAAUAACAUGGCUCAAAGGGCAAGGAAAGACAUCGACGGAUUAUCAGCCUCUGCUCAACAUACACAGUCGUGCGACAUUGCUGGCAAAUGGUUCGAUGUGGAUUGAAUCUGUGAGCCCCCAGGACGAAGGAUAUUAUUUAUGUAGAGCCACUAACGGCAUAGGCUCGGGGCUCACAAAAGUUAUUUACAUCGGAGUUAACGAACCAGCAAGAUUCGACGUGCCCGCUAAAAAUGUGUCGGUGAAGAGAGGCAAUGCGGCGAACUUGCUGUGUCAUGUUUAUGGCGACAUUCCGAUUGAAGUUCUCUGGACCUUCAACGGAAAUCGGUUAGACGUAAACACUUACAGAUAUACGGCAAGCAGCACAAAUACGGAAAAUGGGGUGAAAUCGCAAGUCACUAUAGGACGCACGGAUCGGGAAGAUUCAGGGGUUUAUAAAUGCUUGGCUGAAAACACCUUCGGCCGCAGUGAGCACAUCAUUAAUCUUGCCGUUCAGGAAAGACCAGAUCCACCUAGUAUGUUAGAAGUAAUAGAAGUAGCUAGCCGUUCCGUGCGUUUAUCGUGGCGACGUCCAUUCGACGGCAAUAGUCCAGUUAUCGGCUACUUGGUCCAAUACCAGAUCUUGGGACCCAACCAGGACUGGGAGCAGCCAAACGCCCUAAACCUAACACUGCCAGCGAACACCCUUCCAGAUUUUAGCUCCGACAUCAACCCCCAAGAAACGGCCGUGAUCGGGGGCCUCCUCCCCGCUCGCGUGUACACAAUGCGCUUGCUUGCAGUAAACAGCAUAGAUCAGAGCGCGUUCACGGAAGCCGUGAUUGUGAAAACGCAAGAAGAGGAGCCGUCCGAGGCGCCGAAAGACGUCCGAGUGGAGUCGGUCGGACCUGGAGAACUGUUCUUGACUUGGGCCGUUCCGGCUAGGGAGAGCUGGAACGGGGAACUAUUAGGAUACAUUGUGUCCUGGAACGAGCACGGGGGCCUCCCGAACCAAACUAAAAGCUUGACGGUUAAGGGCUGGGCUACCACAAAGUUGCAAUUAACAGGAUUGAGAAAGUUUACUCGUUACGACAUUAACGUCCGCGCCUUUAACAGUAUUUCAACAGGACCGGCCUCCCCAACAGUCAUUGGGACCACCAAAGAAGGGGUCCCUGAAGCGCCACCGCAAAACAUCGCUUGCUCGCAGAUAUCCUCACAGAGCAUGAAAAUAUCCUGGACACCGCCCCCGCAAACGCUGCACGGGGGGCUCAUCCAAGGGUAUAAAGUUUAUUACAGGCCGCUGCCGAACGAAAACGUCGACAUUCCCACGACCGGGGAAGUUAAAAGGACCUCCAGCACGGAGACAUAUUUACAUACGCUCUUCAAGUAUACUAAUUAUUCUAUCAAGGUACUAGCGUACACCGGCGCUGGAGACGGCCUAAUGAGCACCCCGUUAUACUGCGUCACAGAGGAAGACCUUCCAGGUCCUCCUGCAGACAUAAAAGCUGCAGCACUGACAGGCGAAUCAAUUCUUGUCUCUUGGUUACCACCUAGUAAACCAAACGGUCGCAUAAGUCAUUACACAGUUUAUGGGCGUGAAGCUGGCCGCGUAGGAAAACACACGAGUUAUAAUGUUCGAAUGGAAAACAUGGUUUACAUAAAUGGAUUAAUGUACGAAGUCAGGAAUUUGGUCGAGCACCAACUUUACGAAUUUUGGAUCUCGGCCACUACGAGUAUUGGCGAGGGUGAACCAACUGCCAUUGUAGCCCAAGCUACAAAUUCGAGAGCUCCUUCUAGAAUUGCUUCCUUUAGUCAGACAAUCAAAAAGCCCAUCAAAUCGAAGAUUUUGCUGCCUUGCUUGGCCGUCGGAAAUCCCACCCCUAGAACUAGGUGGAUUCACAGAGAGAAACCCAUAACUUUUAGUUCCUUCUAUGAAAUCACGUCCGAGGGACAUUUGAAUAUUCACAGUGCGGACCAGUCCCUGUCAGGCAAUUAUACCUGUUCGGCGAAAAAUCUUUUUGGCGAUGAUAACAUUACUUAUACUUUAAUGGUAUUAAUGCCUCCAAGCGCCCCGAUUUUAGAGGUGCAGUUUAGCACUUCUCGAAGUAUUCGGUUACAUUGGACACAACCCGAAGAUGGGGGUUCUAUUAUCCAAGGCUAUACUUUGAAUACAAAACACGAAACGGACGAUUGGACUUCUUUGGAACUUUCUCCGGAACACAGUGUAUAUAAUUUAGAUAACCUUCGAUGCGGUUCAAUCUACCACAUAUAUUUACUAGCACACAAUAGAGUCGGAAACGGAAGUCCGAGUCCAAUUCUUACAGUCAACACUAAGGGCGGCGCUCCACUUCUCCCGAAAGAGGAGGAGCUGAUUUCAACAAACGCAACAACUUUGCAGCUGAAUUUGUACAAUUGGCCCGAUGGUGGGUGCCCUAUUUUGCAGUUUUCGAUAGAAUACCGCAUAUAUGGGACGAAAAAGUGGAACCUAAUUUCAAAUUCCAUACUGGACGAGAAAAUCCUCAUUCAGAACCUCUCACCGGCCACUUGGUACCAACUGAAGAUCACCGCAAAAAACGAUGCCGGAAAAAUGACCGGACAUUUCAAUUGCGCAACCACCACCUUAGGCGGAGGUAAAAUACCGCUACCGCCAAAUUUUUCCGACGGAACAAUAUCGAACAAUGACGAAUUCAACUACAAAGAAGCUUAUAUCAUCGGGCCGAGCAUUUGUGUCGUGAUUCUAAUAAUUUGCGGAGGCUUAGUUUGGCUAGUCUUGACCAAAAUCAAGAAACAAACGGCUGAAAAUAUCCAAGAAGAGGAAGAAAUCACCGAUGAAAAGGCGGCCGAGCGGGAGAAUAAACGAAACUGCCAACAAGUUUACACCUCAUCGCCUAUUAAAUCGGCUGAAAAAAUACAAGACAAUGUCUCUGGGAUGUAUGAAAUAAGUCCUUAUGCCACCUUCAGUGUGCCUGGCAACAACAGCAGAUCAGUCACCACGUCAACGCUAGACUACACAAUGCAGUUCAAAACUUUCGGGCACAUUGAAGAUGAAGACCACAAUGCCAUCAUUUAUCCAAAAAAUCCAAGCUCGAAGCACAGCUGGCACAAACACCGUUUUUACAGCAAUGAAGGCGAGGUGCCGAAAUCCCGCCUGCGGUCCAGCCGGGCCCCAGCCCGCGGCGACUCAGAGUCGGACGACACCAGUGGAAGUCCUUGCGGCGACUGUCCUAGCAGUGGUCCAAAUUACAGAGUUCCGGUGAAGCAGUCGUCACGAGAUUUGUUUCGUCCCGAUUCUAGUACCGAAUCUAACGACGUUUCUCCCUUAGCUGAACGUCGUCAGACGCCUCGGCACGUUGUAGGGGUUCAGCGGCGACAGCACCGUCCUUCAAGUUCCAGCAGUGAAGAAUGCGAAGAUGCAUCGCCGGAAGACAUGAGAUUGCAUCCCCCGACUGGAUUUUCCGACAGCAGAGAACUGAGCGAGGCUGAAUGCGACAGAGACAUUAGCAUGACCACUAGGAAACUCCCCAACGAUUUAGCAAUUUUAUUAGCUAGGUAUCAAGAGAGAAAAGAACAAGAGCGAAGAGAAUUUACCAUACAUGUGUAACAGCAACACUGUUUUGUUUUUCGUUAGAUAUUUAUUGUACCGGUGGAGAUCAUUUUGUAACACGGAAUUAAUAUAUUAAUGUAAAUAUGAAGAGAAGUGAAUAAAGUUAAUUCUAA